AUGAUUGCCUCUAACAGGCGCAAAGUGGCUUUCUUCUGCGAACCAACGUUCUCGGGUGCGUCAUGCUAUGCCCAUCGUUGUUUGAAUACAUUGAAAAUUCACUCGGCUUUGCCUUCAGCUAUACCUACUGGUAUUCAUACUAUUGGUUGUAUGGCACAGAUUAUAAACACUUCGAAUUCAGCUGAUUAUCAACCGAUGAUUCGAUCGACAACGCCAUCCGAAGAUGAAGAUCACUUUCUCACCCCAUCUUCGGAUAUCAAUUUCUCUCAACUGAACGGCGUUGUUCAUCCAUUUACUAGUAUAGAAAUAAAUCCGAACGAUGAUGAUUCAGUCAACACAGAUGAUUUAUCGCAACCGACUACACAUAUUAUUCAUCAAUAUGAAACAUACCUCAAUUUAAGUACAUCAAGCAGUGAAACAAGUCUUGCGCGACCACUUCUCAAUGGAAAAACAUUCUCAACUCCUCUCUACACCGAAAAUGUGAAAAUCAAGUCCCCGACUGAUUCGACCCAUCCGUUGAAAACCAAUUACUAUUCAUUCAUCAAAAUCUAUUUCGUGGAUAUGCUUAUGUCAGCAUUCAUCAUAACACCGCUCGUUAACAUACAUUGGCGCGGAGCAUGGGAUCUACUUGAUAUAUAUCUUUUACCUGAACAUCCACAUACAAGCGCAGUUGUUUCACUAGCUAUCGGUCUUGUCGUUCUUUAUUUGAUGUAUCUUAUGCAAAAUUUCCUCCAAAACUUCUAUGAAAAACACCGUAAAAAUCUUCGCGGACAGAUCAUAGCAAGACUCUAUACACUAGUCGUGGCAUUCGCAUACAUUAAUCAAUGGCGUGGCCUGUGGAACUUAUUGGAUUUAACAAGUAACAGCUGGUAUCGACUGACCAUCGAGACGCUCGUCAGUAUUGUCGUACUUUUAUGUAUGAAAGCAAUUUAUAAUCUUAAUUCCGCACCAUUUUUAAUCGCUACGGAUACCGAACAUUAUUUUCUGGUCGAUUCGAAAUUUGUUGUUUCGACGCGUCGAUUUUGGCAAUACACAUGCGAUUUUACUGUUUAUGAACUCGUCGAAGCUCCGUUCAUUGUCAUUGCCUGGCGCGGUUUGUACAACCUCUCAGAUAUCUAUAUCUAUCCAGAUAACAAGACGAUGUCAAUAUUAAUCUCAUUUGCAAUUGGUUAUUCCUUGUUUUUCAUUCUUGCACUUCUACAAUUACCAUUAAUUCAAUGCUUUACGAAGAAAACUCCUCAAAUACUCUACACAAUUCUUUCAAAUGUUUUUCAUUUGAUGGCAUUUGUUAGUGUCGUGCAAAUUUGGCGCAGCCUGUGGCUGAUAUGUGAACAAUAUAUUAACAUACCUGGUUAUCACCAUUCAACACUCUGGCUUUGCUACGUUGCCGCGUUUAUCGUAUUGACAUGCAUUUUUACAGCAUGUUCAUUGAACGGGCCGGCGGGAGCGAAGGAAAGUUACAUGGAUGAUCAACCAGUUUUUCUCUUCAAAUUUGAUUAUUUUUCAACUCUACUGAAAAAACAAUCAGAUCGAUUGAAAAGCCAAAAAGCGACUCAUCUUGCCUCCCUAAUGACUGUUACCGGCAAUGUUCAUGUUCACUUCCAUACCAUUAAUGUCAUUCCUCUCCGCAUAAUCUCUGGUCUUUAUUAA